ACCGUCACGCGCACCCAACGGCGCGGCGGCCGCCACUCGCCACCUAUCUCGAGUCCCCGACCCGACACGGCUCACGGCCACGCCGCGCGGCCGCACCCAGCACGGCACGGUCCGCACGACGCGGCGCCCGUGGCCUGUGCCGUGCCGUGCCAUUACGCCCCGGCUCACGGCCUCAUCACCUCACCCGCCGCGACAAACCCCCCAAAACCACCGCCCCGCACCGCCCACGCGGCCGCAGCGGUGACGCCCUCCCCAGCCGGUCAUUUCACCGCGCGGCCCACCACCGCAGCGCACCUCCGCCUCCUUAUAUGACCGGUUCCCCACCUCCGCCUCCUCCGUUCCCCAUCUCUACCACCACCAAACCCUAGACGCCUUCGCCGCCGCCGACCGACCAUGUCUUCCUCGUCCUCCGACCAGGCCAAGGACGACGCCGUCUCCUCCCCCGACCUCCCGCCGCUGGCCGCUCCCGUCGCGGCGGCGGCGGCUGCAGCGGCGGCAGCCGCGUCGUCGGGCGGAGGGGUGGGAGGGGGCGGCUCCGGGCGGAGGCUGCCGCCGCCGUGCUGGACGCACGAGGAGACGCUGGCGCUCAUCGAGGCGUACCGCGACAGGUGGGAGGCGCUGCGCAAGGGCAACCUGCGAGCCGCGGACUGGGACGACGUGGCCGGCGCCGUCACCGCCCGCUGCGGGAGGUUCCCCACGGCCACCCACAAGUCCGGCGUGCAGUGCCGCCACAAGAUCGAGAAGCUCCGGAAGCGGUACCGCGCUGAGCGCGGCCGCUCCGCCGGCCGCUCCAAGGGGCCCAAGUGGCCCUUCUUCCCGCUCCUCCACGACCUCGCCGGCGGUGGCGCGCCCGACCCCAGCCCCAACGCCAUCGUCAAGAUCAAGACCAAGGGCCCCGCCCCGCCAGCGUCCCCGCCUUCCCCCGUAUCCUCCCCUUCCUCCGAGGAAGCCGUGCGGAGCAGGAGCCUGCACGGGCUCAUCUCCAACGGCGGUGCCGGGAGCGGGCUGCGCUUCACCAUCCCCAAGGCCUCGCGCACGAAGCCCGCGGCGGCGGCGGCGAGGCCCGAGAGGAGCGGCAGCGAGGACGACGCCGAGUCAGAGGCCAUGGCUGAGGUCGCGGCCGCGCUGCGGGCCGUCGGGGAGGGGUUCAUGAGGACGGAGGAACGCAGGCUGGAGCUGUCCCUCCAGAUGGAGAAGGAGCGGAUGGAGUCGGAGAUGAAGCGCACCCAGACGAUGCUCGACGCGCAGCAGCUCUUCCUCGAGGCCUUCCUCGGCAAGCAGCAGCAGCAGCAGCACAAGAGGGCCAAGCUCUCCCCAGCCAUGGAGGAGGACUGAUCGAUCGAUGGAGACCGGCAGCUCCGCCCUGCUGCUGCCUUGGCUGUAGCCAUGUGUCGUCUAUGCUUACUUGCUCGUGUUACUAGUUCUUGAUAGUUGUUGACUUGUGAUGUUGGUAGUGAUUUCCUCUCAUUUGGAUGCUAUGGUAAUUAAGCAAGGUGUUUGGUUUGGGGGCAAAGGAUGGAUGUAGGUGUAGGAUAUGGUGGAUUAGGGAGGAGCUUUGAAUUACAAGUGCUCUGUUGUAAUGUAAUCAGUGAACUGCUGCUGCUUGUGUUAUGAGCUGCUGCCGCCUUGGUGGAAGCUGUUAUGCAGCUUGUUCAAAUGGCACCUGCUCCGCUUGUUGUUGAUUCU